AUGUCUUUAAGCGCCGCGAUAAGCAUGUCGCACAAGGAGCAGGUGCAGCGAUGGGGCGUCAACCACGCGCUUCCCCAGCAGUGCGGCAGCAGUGGGAGCAGUGUUACUAGCCACGACGGUGGCGGCGCCGGCGGCGGCGGCGGCGGCGCGACCAGCGGCCAGAUGUUCCCCACUUCUUACCACCUCGACGCGCGAUACAGUCCUACGCAAGUUCACGGCGGCGGAGCUGAGGAUGGCGGUGCGGGCUGGAUUGGCAGCGGCGCGGGUGCGGGUGGCGCGCGUUCCGGUGCGUCGGCGAUCGCAUUGCGGUCGCUGCACGGCCGCCGCACAAGCAGCGGUAUGAUUCGCAUGACCGGCCUCGGCGGCGGCGGCGGCGGAGGCGGAGGCGGCGGUUACGGUGGGUUCUCCACGCCGGGUUCCCCCGACAAUCUGCUCUUCCCGCCGCACAGCGCAUUGCCGCUCUCCGCGGGGACUUCCCCCGAUCACCCGCACUUCGGCGGCGCGGCGGCGGGUGGCGGAAUCGGGCGGAGCCACUUGGCGGGCGGGGUGGUCGCGCGCAGUCACUCGCUGCUGCGGACAUCCAACAACGGCGCUGGUCCCACGCGCUCAGAGAGCAAGGACGAUCUCACGCUGCUGAUGGACGCGCGCGCGCGCAACAAGCUCGGCGCGCAGGGCGACUGGUCGCAGUCCGGAUCGCGCAGCCCCGACAGCCUCGCCUUCUCCGCCAGUGCCCGCGGCAACGGCAGCGGUUCGCUGCAAGCCUUGAUGGAUUUCCGUCCCUACAACGGCGCUGCUUCUGCUGCUGGUGCUGACGGAAAUGCGGCUGCUGUGAAUGGUGCUGGUAAUAUGCAGAGGUUGGGAGGAGGGAAGGGCGCGUUCAGUGGUGCUCUCAGUAUGGACUUGGGGUCGGACCUGGCGGGCGUGUCACUGACUGAGUCCGACUGCGUGCCUGUGGGGGAGGUGCUGCACUCCAGCUGCGUGGGCAACACGGCUGUAGCAGCAGCAACAGCACGAGGCGGAGAGGGCACGGGAGAGGGAGAGGAUGAAGAGGAGCCGUCGCUGGUUCCAUGCCUCAACUGGGAAGCGGUGGAGGCGCUGUGUCUAGACAUGGAGCUGGACCGGCGCCACAUAGAGGCCAUCCAUAUCCUGCACACCGCCCCCCCUGCUCCUGCCUCGCAUGCCUCGCAGGCAGGUGCAGGGGCAGGAGGAGUGGCAGGGGCCGCAACAGGGGCAGCGGGAGGGGCUGUGCCUUGGUGCCCUGGCGUGGACCCCCCUGUUGUGUAUGCGUUGCAGUUUGCAGGGGCAGAUGAGUGGUAUUGGCCGGGCUGUGGGGGGCUGCUUGGAGGGUCUGCCGCUGCAACGGUGGCCUGA